GCAGCGCGGCGGGCCAUGGCCACGGGCGGGUCGGAGCCGGAGCCGGGGUCGGGGCCGGGGUGGGCGCUGCAGGCGGUGCCGCUGGAGGCGCUGAACUACGAUGUGCGGCGGCGGCUGGCGCUGUUCCUCAACCCGCGCUCGCCCGUGGCGCCGGACUGGACGGCGCUGGCCGAGGCGCUGGGCUACGAGUUCCUGGAGAUCCGCGCGCUCGAGGCGCUGCCAGACCCCACGGGCCGCCUGCUGGACGCCUGGCCCCGCCGCGCCGCCCCCGGCCCCGCGCCCUCCGUCGGCCGCCUGCUCGCCCUGCUGCACCAGCUCGGCCGCCGCGACGUGAUCGCCGACCUGCAGCCCCGCAUCGAAGAGGACUGUAAGAAGUACCUGGAAAAGAAACAGCAGCAGGCAGACCAACCUAUCCAGCACCCACCGGUGGACAGCAGCAUCCCGAAGACAUCAGAAUUAUCAGGCAUCACAACCCAAGACGAUCCCUUCGGGAACGAGCCGGAGCUGUUCGAUGCUUUUAUCUGCUACUGUCAGAAGGACAUUGGGUUUGUGCAGGAGAUGAUCACGGAGCUGGAGCAAACAGAGUUCAAGCUGAAGCUGUGCGUCUUUGAUCGGGAUGUCCUGCCAGGGUCGUGUGUGUGGUCCAUUACCAGUGAGCUCAUAGAGAAAAGGUGCCGAAGGAUGGUAGUUGUCAUUUCUGAUGAUUACCUAAACAGCAGUGAAUGUGACUUCCAGACCAAAUUUGCUCUUAGCCUUUCCCCAGGUGCUCGCCACAAACGGCUGAUUCCAGUCAAGUGCAAAUCUAUGGAGAACGAAUUCCCAAGCAUCCUGAGGUUCAUUACAGUUUGCGACUACACCAAUCCAUGCACCAAAAGGUGGUUCUGGAUAAGACUGGCAAAAGCCCUCAUGCUCCCAUAAGGCAGGGCUAAAUAAUCAAGUGCGUUUUGAUUCAACUCUGCUGCACCUUCAAGAAAAAAGCCUCUGAGGCUCGAGCCAUUACAAAAUCAUCAGCGCUCUGGAAUUCAAUCCUUGCCAUGUUGUGCUGGGAGCCUGCAAGUGAAGAUCGGUAGUGGCAUCCGACUGCCUUAAAGCGGGUAAUCACAAGCCCUCCAAGGGGAAUAACAUGACAUGCUGAAAGCCACAAACCAGGGGUUUUGUCAAAUUGGUAUUUUGUAUUUUUUUUUUUUUAAACACAGAUUUGGGCUUGUAACGGGACACUGGGGUAAUGUCUGCCAGGGUGAUAGUUAACUUUUUAGCCCCUAGUGCAGUGACUCUCAACCAGGAUACCAUGAGAUCCUCUUAAGGGUGCCACACAAGUGUGCAAACACCUACACAUGAUUCACAAGGUAAACCCUGAGAUUUUCCUAUAGAAAUCUAGGGUCCAAAGCAUCCUGACCUGUUUUAGGCUUUCUGAGUUCUUUGCAACAAAAGAAUUGCUCUAAUAUUUUUUUUUUAUAGUCCAAAACUGAGUGAAAACUGAGCAAGCAUUAUUAGAGGUGUACCUUAAGUCUGAAGCAGUUGAGAAACACUGGUCUAAUGGAAUCCAAUGGCUUUUUUGUGAUCUGCAUGAAAUGGGGCUCAGCCUACUGGGCAAAUGACUAAUGUCAUGAGCAAUCAUUAAGGUCAGCCCUUUUCUCAGGAGAGGACCCUAAGGCCAAGCUAACCCAUUUGUUCCCUACAGACAGCCUCUGCCACUCAGCCCUGUACCACAACUGCCCUGACAGCAAGGGGCAGUUUGUACUGCUCGUGCCCAGGCCAUGCACUCAAUGGGUGAAGGAUAUUUUAACAAGCAGAAAACUUAAACUAUUUAAGCACCUCAAAGAUUAACGAAUGUAGCUAAAUUUUAUCAAGCGUUGGCUAUUGUCGAAAAUAACUGAACCCACUUUAUUUUCUAGUCCCUUUGUCACAAUCCUUUAAACACUUUGGAGGCCAAGCUGGCUAUAGAGAGUCCCUGAUUAUCAAAACUCCUCUGAGACCCUUAGCCCUCCAAACCUGACCAGAGAUGCUGUGUUUAUCAAAGCACAUCUCUCAGUCCUUUCUUAUGCCAAUAUUUGUGAAAUCAUGGGUCUUAAAAUAUUUAUAGUAGAUGAUCCUCAUGUCAGCAGGUCACUGUUGCCACCAAGGUGUUGAGUGCCCUCCCCUGUCCUUGCUGUUAACUGCUUUUGUCACCUUGCUGAUCUUAUUUGUGAAGAUUGAAGUAAAAAAACCACAAAACUUCAGUCUUCUCUGCCUUGCCCAUUAUUAAAUUGCUCUCUGUGCCCGGUUCACUUGGAGUCGAGCUGAGCACCUCAGAGCAUCGGAUGACAAAUCAUUUUGGUCCUUCAGACUAAAAAUCGGUGUUGCAUUUGUCCUAGGAGAAAGGGUUUUUUUCCCACUGCCCUAGACAUGUGCAAAUCCACCGUCCCUGAAAUAUGCAGGACAGCGUGCUAUCGGUUUUUCCCUGGACUUUGAAACAUUUGCUUGUAAGGUGAUAGCAGGUUGUUCCCUUACAAGCGGCGUGCUCUUGCUGGCCACCCACUGGUGGAAGAGCAGCAAUGCUGCGCCUGUUUUGAUCUGGGUCAAAAUCAGAUCUGCCUCAAAUGCAGUGUAGAUUUAUUGCCUGGCAAAGGGAUGUUGGUUCAGGGACAAAAGAUAAAUGUCUGAAGAAGCGCCUUGAAAUAAUAAAUACAUAGGAAAGUUGUUUUGUUCUGAAGAAGUAUAUUAGAAGUAAUUCAUGAUCCUAAUGUGAAUCGGUGUAGACAUCAUAAAUGUGCAGUGCUGCUGUUGAAUCAUAGAGUAGGGCUGGAACAGGCCUCCAGAGUCAUCUAGUCCAACCUGCUGCCUGAAGCAGGAUCACCCCUAACCAAACCAGACACAACCCAAGACAACACGGUAAUCUGCUAAAGGGAAAGCAGCAGGGGGCCGUGGUUGCAAACAUACCGCUGCUAUAAAAGUUGUUAAAAUAGGCUUGAGAAAUCCCAGGAAAAGGGCCAUGCUCCCUGCUACAGAGGAACGGAAAAUGCCCCACUGACUGUACCAAUCUGACCAUGGUGUAAAAUUUCUUCCUGACCUCAAAUAUGGCGAUAGGUCUUACCCUGAGCAGAGGGGCAAGGGCCUCUAGCCAGGAACCUCCGGCAAGUCGCAGCAGGAGCAUUGGCACAGCCCAAAAUCCCCAGCCUUGGUUGCAGCCAACACUAAUGCCUCUAAGAAAGGGUUAAAAAACCCCAAACCCCUAAUACAUGUAGCAGAAGGAGGGGGGGAAAAAUCCCUCCCAUCCCUAUGCGGCAACCAGCUAAACCCAGCAGCAAGGAAAAUGUGUGUAGGAAAACAAGCAUAGCUGCACCUAGAUCAUCCCCGACCAGUGCCUGUCCCACCUCUUCUUGAACACCUCCAGCGAUGAAGACUCGGCACCUUCCCUAGGCAGCCUAUUCUGCUGCCUGUCACUGUGUGUGACUGCAGCCUUCAGAGGCUAUGUGAUCCAUGUUUUUUGCUCCCUCAUCCCCACCCAGGGAUAACGUUUCUGAAAUAACCUUUCGAGCCUUAGGAUUUCAUCAAGCAUUUAUUUUCCAAAAUGAUGGCUGGGCUUUUCAUGUAUCUGUAUCGGUCUGUUUGACCCCUGCAUGCAGGUAUGUUCCAUUCACCCGUGGAUUUGUGAUUCAUUUUAUAGGUCGAGGAAUGACGAGUUUACAUUUUUCAGACAGUGUCUAAUCAUCGGUUCCUCUGCUUUCCUUUACAAUGUUGCCAGUGUUGAGUUCUUUUGGUGGAAGUAUGUGUGGAAGUAUGUCUAUCUCUUCUGUUUUCUAUUUUUUCUCUUUGAUAGGACAAUAAUGGUUAUUCACAAUGCGUGGCUGUGUUUUACCCACUUCAUUGUCCGUGCUGGGUCUCGGGCCAGCCCUGGUACUCUGAACCCUAAUGAGAGCUUGUUAAUGUUCCUGGCAUUAGUACGGGGCGGGAAUGGGACAUUUUUGGGUGGGCCUGCAAAACAGAUAUGUUUCCUACAAACACAGCAUACUCCGUGAUCAGUGUUUUGGGCCAUGAGGAUAUGUGGGAAUAGGGGAGAACUCCUCAGGGUACGCCAAGCUUAAUGGACUGCUUUGUGUCAAAGUUGGUUCAUCUCCACGUCCCCUUUCCCCAGGGCUCCCUUGCAGAAAUGCCACGUGGCUGCUUGCCCUGGGGUUUCUUCAUAGUAGUUUAAAUAUUCACUGCUUAAAAAGGCAGGGGUGCUGCAGGCUGCUGCUUCCCAGAGGAAAGAAACAGCAGCAUCUUAAUUUUGCGUUCAUCCAGACAAACUCAGUAUUCAGAACUACUGGGCAGGACUUCAUGGGCUGAAGCAAGACCAUGUUGUCACCUAAUAUCUCUGUGCCUUGCUUUCUCCACCUUCCCAUCUCCGAAGAAAGCCACUGUGAUUUUAAGUACACAGCAUUGCUUAUGAAUGGGAUUUUAACAUACACAUCAGCUAUUAAAAUCAGACCAAAAAUUCAUUAGUGGGCCAACAUAUUUGUAAAUGGAGAAAUAAUAAUACCAGAAAUAGAAAGUCUGGAUAUUUAUAGAAGUGCCUGCAUACAGUUUGCUUUUGUCACACACCGCGCACUAAAGUAACCUCCCAAUCUUAUGCACUUGUGAAAUUCUCAGACUUGUUUCGUCAUAAUUUGUUUGCAUGUGCGGUGUUGACAGAAGCCAUAUACCCAUAUUUAUUCUAAAUGCAGUCACCUGCACUGACAUGGGUGUCUCUUCUCCCCUUUUUCUAUUCAGAAGGAGAUUUGAAUCCUGAAUUUAUAUUAAAAAAAAUAACCAAUAAAUUGUAUACGUUGCACCUUGUUCUCUUCUGCAUUUUCAUAUGAAAAUAUCAUGGUUUGGCCUGUUAAUAACCAUGCACUAGUUUGUAUAUUUGCAUUAUUUUCUAUCCAUUCUGAUGUCAGUCCUUCUGAAGGAGGGACAUGUUUUCUAGCCAUUGUAGGAAUUGUCACCUUUUUUAAAAAAAGAUUUUUUUUGCUACUUUUGGAAACACGACAAAAAUAAAGACAAAAGAAAAGCA